AAUAUUUGGCUUGGAAAUCGACUUUGUAUUAGGAGAAUAUGAGUUGGCAGGAGUUAAACAAUUUACAAAGUACAAAAAUCUGAUAUGAGUACGAUUUCACUGAAGACUACUUAUAAGUAAUGUACAAUGAAAUAAAACGCUUGCACCUGAUCAUGCACCUCGACAUAAAAGCCUGGAGGUCUCCUUUUAACGCUGAAGAAGCAGAACUCGUCAGGGAAGGUAAGGAUGUAAAGGAAGAUGAUAUUCCUCUUCGCAGUGAACUGAUUUUAAUGACUGAACGACAGAACCCAUCCGCUUCGUUCGAAGUCACAUGGCUGACUGACAAGCGAACCGCUCCUUCUAACGUGGCUGGCAAACGACUUGCACCGUGUUGUAAUCCUCCGGUUUCGAAUUGAGGGAAUUUUAUUUAAACCAUUUAUUUAAAGUACCGAAAUGACAAUGGAAUCGGACGACGAUACAAAGUUGUUUCAAUCGAUCGGUCUAAGUGAACAGAAGGCGAAGGAAACACUGAAAAACAAACAAGUUUCCAGCAAUUUGAAGCUCGCUAUAGUUGAGGCCAGCAAGCAUGGCACUGUCACAUCAGAAACUGGAAUUUUAUUGUAUCACCUCGCAUCUAAGAUCAAGAAUCAGAUCUCGGAGAAAUUACCAUUCAUUUCUAAGUAUGUAGCAGAUAAAAGGUUGGACACAACUCAAAGAGUAGACGUUGCAUUGAACUAUCUACUCAGUCACAUUAACGAAGAGAUCGACCUGCCUAGCUUCGAGAGGGAAUGUGGAGUAGGGAUCGUAAUUUCGCCGGAAGAAAUAGAAUCCGAAGUAGAGAAAGUGAUAAACGAGCACAGAGCAGAGAUCGUUGAGAAGAGGUAUCAUUUCAACGUCGGUCCUCUGAUGCAACAAGUUCGUAACACUUUAAAGUGGGCAGACGGGAAGGCAGUGAAGAACGAGUUCGACGUUCAAAUGUUAGACUUGUUGGGUCCGAAGUCUGCGGCCGAUCUCGCACCACCUCCUAAACCGUCGAAACAAGGGAAAGUUAAAAAGCCUGUGAAAGAGAAAGUACAACAGAAGAACGUAUCGGCAGCGAGCGAGAAAGUGGGAGCACAGACGAUAAGCGAAUUGAUGAAAACCAAAGUGCAUUUUCACAAACCGGGAGAAAAUUACAAGACCGAAGGGUAUAUAGUAACUCCGAAUACUCAUAAAUUGCUCGAACAGCAUUUGAAGAUAACGGGGGGCAAAGUGAGAACCAGAUUCCCACCGGAACCCAAUGGAAUUUUGCACAUCGGCCAUGCGAAGGCGAUCAACAUUAACUUCGGGUACGCAGCGGCUCACGACGGGAUAUGCUUCUUACGUUACGACGACACGAACCCUGAGAAAGAGGAAGAGAAAUUCUUCGUUGGAAUACGUGAGAUGGUAGAGUGGCUCGGUUACAAGCCGACUGAUAUCACUCACUCUUCCGAUUACUUCCCACAAUUGUACGACUGGGCGAUAGUACUGAUAGAGAAAGGUUUAGCUUAUGUGUGUCAUCAGUCUAGCGAAGAAAUGAAAGGUUUCAAUCCUCCUCCGAGUCCUUGGCGCGACAGGCCCGUUUCCGAGAGCCUGCAACUGUUCAAGAACAUGAAAGACGGACUGCUCGAAGAAGGCGAAGCCACGUUGAGAAUGAAAGUGACCUUGGAGGAAGGAAAACAAGACCCGGUCGCUUACAGAAUAAAAUAUACUCCGCAUCACAGGACGGGAGACCGAUGGUGCAUCUAUCCGACUUACGAUUUCACGCACUGCCUGUGCGACAGCAUCGAGCACAUAACUCAUUCCCUUUGCACCAAAGAGUUUCAAUCGAGGAGAUCUUCGUAUUACUGGCUGUGCAACGCGUUGGACAUUUAUUGCCCGGUACAGUGGGAGUACGGUAGAUUGAACGUCAGCUACACCGUCGUUUCCAAGAGGAAAAUCAGUAAACUGAUCGAGGAGGGAAUCGUUUCCGACUGGGACGAUCCAAGAUUGUUCACGUUGACCGCUUUGAGGAGAAGAGGUUUCCCAGCGGAAGCUAUAAACAAUUUCUGCGCACAGAUGGGUGUGACGGGCGCCCAGGCGGUCGUUCAUCCGAACACCCUGGAGGCGUCCGUGCGGGACGUUUUAAAUCAAACUGCCAGCCGACAUAUGGCAGUUUUAGAACCACUGAAAAUAACCAUUAGCAAUUUCCCUCAUGAGAAUCGUGUAAAAGUAUCAGUCUGUAAUUUUCCUAACGAACCUGAUAAAGGGCAACACGAUGUAGUGUUCGAUGAAGUUUUGUACAUUGAGUCGUCCGACUUCAAAGAGACAGCGGAGAAAGACUUCAGACGUUUAACACUGAACCAGUCAGUCGGCUUAAAAUACGUGGGCGUAGUUUUAACAGUCAAAGAAAUAGAGAAGGAUAACGCUGGGAAUAUCGUGAACGUAAUUGUUAAACAAGAGUCGAUUUCCGACAGCAACAAACCGAAGGCUUUUAUACACUGGGUGUCGAAUCCUGUGCUGGCUUCCAUCAGAUUAUACGAACGCCUAUUUAAACAUAAAAAUCCUGAGGAUCCUAACGAAGUACCGAACGGUUUUCUAAGCGAUAUCAAUCCACUGAGUAAAAAGGAGAUCGUGGGAUACAUCGACGAGAGCUUAGGAGAUUCUGCGAAAUCGUUCGAUAAAUUUCAGUUCGAACGUAUCGGCUUCUUCUCCGUCGAUCCCGACUCUACACCAAAAAAGCUGGUUUUUAACAGAACGGUAACGUUGAACGAAGACGCUGGGAAAAUGUGAACACGUUUCAUACAAUUUUUAUACAAUUUAUAAAUAACAAUAGUGUUCAAGAUAUUA